AUGGGGAGCAUAGAGGAGGAGGGUGCAUAUGCACCAUCUCCCCUUUUCUGUGUGUGUUUAAACAAUCACCACUGUUGGAGUGAAGAAUCACUGUGUAAUUUCAAAAGGGAAAUUCUCAUUUCCUCCAGAAGGAAUAAGGACAUUAGGAAAUUUUUUGGAGUUAUACCGGGUGGAAAGAAACUUGGAAGUGAAACUGUAAAGAAGAUUGAGAAAACAAAGUCUGCUGAAGAAACAUUAAAAACAAAGAAAGGAAUAAAGGAAAUCAAGGUAAAUAGUUCUUCUAAGGAGGAUGUCUCCAAACAGAAGCAACCAAACAAGAAAAAGAGGAUCGUCUAUGAUUCAGAUUCAGAAUCAGAGGAGACAACACAGGUAAAAAAUGCCAAAAAGCAAGAAAAAUUGCCAUUGUCUUCUAAACGUGGUAAAAUUUUACGGCAGGAUCCUGUUACGUACAUUUCAGAAACAGAUGAAGACGACGACUUUAUCUGUAAAAAGACAGCCUCUAAGUCAAAAGAGAAUGGAGGAUCUGCAAAUAGUUAUCUUGGAGCAUCAAACACGAACAAGAAUGAAGAAAACACCAAGACCAAGAAUAAGCCUUUAUCAACAAUAAAGCUUACACCCACAUCAGUGUUGGAUUAUUUUGGAACUAGAAGUGUCCAAAGAUCAGAUAAGAAGAUGGUGGCAAGCAAAAGGAAAGAGCCUCCAGAAAACACAGAUGAUUCUGCAUUAAAUGAUGAAGCCAUCGCCAAGCAGCUGCAGCUUGAUGAAGAUGCAGAGCUGGAGCGGCAGCUGCAUGAAGAUGAAGAGUUUGCCAGAACAUUGGCCAUAUUAGAUGAGGAGCCCAAGACUAAAAAGGCUCUAAAGGACACAGAAGAGGGAGAGACAUUUUCAUCUGUCCAAGCCAAUUUAAGUAAAGCAGAAAAACAUAAAUAUCCUCAUAAAGUAAGAACAGAACAAUUUUCAGAUGAAAGAAAGAGCUACAGUCCUAAGAAGCAAAGUACAUGUGAAAGUUUAAUAGAAACUCAGCAACAUUGCAAGCCAUCAACUCACAAAACAGGCGAGUCCUCUUCAAAGGCCAGUUCUAAGCUGGCUCUUACGAAUAAAAAAGAGAGCUCUUAUAAAGAAACAGAGCCUGCAACCUCAAAAAGGAAAGACAAUGCCAUUGAAUUGAAAGGAGAGACAAAAACUCCUAAGAAAAACAAAAGUUCUCCAGCUAAAAAAGAGUCUGUAAGUCCUGAAGAUGCUGAAAAGAAACAGAGUAAUUAUCAAGCUUAUCGAAGUUAUUUAAAUCGAGAGGGUCCCAAAGCUUUGGGCUCCAAAGAAAUACCAAAGGGAGCCGAAAAUUGCUUGGAAGUCCUCAUAUUUGUAAUCACAGGCAUGCUGGAGUCCAUUGAACGAGAUGAAGCCAAGUCUCUAAUUGAACGUUAUGGGGGGAAAGUAACAGGAAAUGUCAGCAAGAAAACCAGCUACCUUGUCAUGGGCCGUGACAGUGGACAGUCCAAGAGUGAUAAGGCAGCAGCCUUGGGGACAAAAAUUAUUGAUGAAGAUGGCCUACUGAAUCUGAUCCGAACUAUGCCAGGCAAGAAGUCCAAGUAUGAAACAGUAUUUGAAGCCGAGAUGAAGAAAGAAAAGUCCACAUUGGUGAAAACACCCCAAAAAAAUGAACAAGGAAAAAGAAAAAUGAGUCCAACCAAAAGGGAAUCAGAAUCUAAAAAAAAGAAGCUGACGCCGAAAAGGGACAUUUCUGUAAAGCCGGUACAAAAGGAAACAAGUGAGUUUAGGAGAGGCCUGGACUUCAAGAAGCAGGUGACCGAGGAGCCAAAGGCUAGGAACUCGGCUGAUGACAGCAGUGAAAACAAGGUGGAAAACAAGGUAGAUAAAUAUAAGCCAACCUCACUUAAGACCAUGAUCGGACAACAAGGUGACCAGAGCUGUGCCAACAAACUCCUACGCUGGCUUCGAAACUGGCACGAGAGUUCUUCAGAAGAUAAGAAACACGCAACAAAGUUUGGUAAAUUCGCUGGCAAAGAUGACGGCUCUAGCUUUAAAGCAGCAUUACUCUCAGGGCCCCCAGGUGUUGGCAAAACCACCACAGCUUCUCUGGUGUGUCAGGAAUUGGGAUAUACCUACGUGGAACUGAAUGCAAGUGAUACUCGGAGUAAAAACAGUUUGAAGGCAGUUGUUGCCGAGACCCUGGAUAAUACCAGCAUCAAAGGCUUCUAUUCAGAUGGAGCAGCCUCCUUAGGAAGCAUGAAGCACGCCCUCAUCAUGGACGAGGUGGAUGGCAUGGCAGGCAGUGAGGACAGAGGAGGGAUUCAGGAAUUAAUUGGCCUCAUAAAACAUACUAAAAUCCCCAUUAUAUGUAUGUGCAAUGAUAGAAAUCAUCCCAGGAUCCGCUCUUUGGUUCACUAUUGUUCUGAUCUUCAUUUUCAAAGACCUCAGGUUGAACAGAUUAAGGGUGCUAUGAUGUCUAUUGCAUUCAAAGAGGGUUUAAAGAUUCCCCCUCCAGCUAUGAAUGAAAUAAUUUUGGGAGCCAAUCAAGAUAUCAGACAGGUUUUACAUAAUCUGAGUAUGUGGUGUGCAGGAAAUAAGGCAUUGACCUAUGACCAGGCCAAGGCUGAUUAUCAUAGAGCCAAAAAGGAUAUCAAACUGGGCCCAUUUCAUGUUGCCAGGAAAGUGUUUGCAGCUGGAGAGGACACUGCUCAUAUGUCACUUAUGGAUAAGUCAGAUCUCUUUUUUCAUGAUUAUUAAAUAGCACUGUUUGUCCAGGAGAACUACCUACAUGUGAAGCCUCUAGCUGCAGGGGGUGACAUGAAAAAGCACUUGAUGCUUUUAAGCCGAGCAGCAGAUAGCAUAUGUGAUGGGGACUUAGUGGACAGUCAGAUCCGGAGUAAGCAAAACUGGACUCUUUUGCCUACACAGGCCAUUUAUGCCAGUGUUCUUUCUGGAGAGUUGAUGAGGGGCUACAUGACCCAGUUUCCUAGCUUUCCGAGCUGGCUGGGGAAGCACUCAUCUACAGGCAAACAUGAUCGUAUCACUCAGGACCUAGCAUUGCACAUGAGUCUCAGAACUUACUCCAGCAAAAGGACUGUAAACUUGGAUUAUCUGUCACACAUGAGGGUUGCACUUGUACAGCCCUUGACCUCACAAGGGGUAGAAGGAGUCCAGGAUGUUGUUGCACUUAUGGACACGUAUUACUUGAUGAAAGAAGACUUUGAGAAUAUCAUGGAAAUUAGCAGCUGGGGUGGCACACCUGGUCUCUUUUCCAAGCUGGAUCCCAAGGUGAAAGCAGCCUUCACAAGAGCUUACAAUAAGGAAGCCCACCUUACUCCAUAUUCACUUCAGGCAGUAAAGACAUCGAGACACAGCACAGGCCCAUCACUGGAUUCUGAAUAUAAUGAAGAGUUACGUGAGGAUGACUCUCAAGCUGAUGAGAAAGACCAGGAUGCUAUAGAAACUGAUGCUAUGAUCAAGAGAAAGACAAAGUCUUCAAAGCCUUUAAAACCAGACAAAGAUGAGUCCAGAAAAGGAAAAGGAAAAUGUUUGAAGAAAUGAAAUGAUUUUUCACUACCUUCCAGUAGCCACUUCUUACUCACCUUUCAGACCAAUCAAGCUGGUGUAGAGAAGGCCUUGUUUUUCCCAGAGCAACCAUGUUUUAGCGUAAUGAUGAUGGAAUAAAAAAGCUUACUAUAUACCUUACUAACCAGUUGUGUGAAACAUAACGUUGAUGGUUGAAGAGUCAGAACUCUUAAUUCCCAGCUCUACUCUGUGAGCACUGACCACAUCUCUGCUGUGAACAAAUCUCAUGGAGAGGCCUCUGUUGUUACUAGAGGGUACAGGGGACUGCGGAAGGAUGGUCAGACAUUCUUACCCUGGAGUCUCAACCUAUCAGGUUCAAGCAAGUAGGGCCCAGGCUGGGUCAGUCUUAGGCUCACUCUGUCAUGUGACAACACUGGCUUUGUUCACUUGGUCCCUGGGAGAUCUGGUCUUGUCCUAUGGUUGAUUCCACA